AGACCGUAAGCUAAUGGCUUGGUGCUGACAGCAGACCGUCUUAUCCAUGCAAUAUUUCUGCUGCGCCCUGACUCUUGAAACCCUCUUGGACUGCUCAUGGACCGGAUGAGGCUUAGAGCUCAGGUGCCUGGCAUGUAAAAUUGAAUGUUUGCUUAUUUCCCCCUACCUUAAAACCUCGCUGGAGCCAAGCGUCGCCAGUUGAUAGAACAAAUCUAUCCUCGUGCACUCACAUUGCAAUCACAGUUAUGGCGACAAAUGCAGCAGAGGCUGCGACCUCAGAGAAGCCGCAUGUGGCAAAAGCAAAGCGAUCCUGGCCACUGUGGAAGAAGCUCACUGCCUUUGGCGUGACACUUUCAGUCAUCAUCGCUCUGGCUGUUGGACUUGGUGUUGGCCUCACUCGAGGAAAGGGAGGAAACAACAGCGACGAUACUGCUAACUCGGAGGCCGACGAUUCAACAGAACCCUAUCUCAAAGCCCGCAGCAGUCUUUGGCAACCCAAAGUUGGCGCACAAUGGCAGAUUGUUCUCCUCAAGCCUAUAAAGCUCAACAAGGACGGCUCCGCCAAGGAUCUCAAGCCCAACGUUGGCAUUUACGACCUGGAUCUCUAUGAUAACGACGCUGAGACCUUUGCAGCCCUACACAAGGCUGGCAAGAAGGUCAUCUGCUACUUCAGCGCCGGAUCAUGGGAGGAUUGGCGUGAUGACAAGAACCAGUUCAAGAAGGCCGAUCUUGGCAAGACUCUCGACGGCUGGCCUGAUGAGAAAUGGCUCAACCUGAGAAGCACCAAUGUUCGCAACAUCAUGAAGAAGCGCAUCAAGCUUGCUGCUCAGAAGGGAUGCGACGCUAUUGAUCCCGACAACGUCGACGGUUAUCAAAAUGACAAUGGCCUCAAGCUGACCAAGAAAGACUCUAUCGACUAUAUCAAGUUCCUCGCUGCAGAGGCUGCAAAGUAUAAUAUGUCCACUGGUCUCAAGAACGCCGGCGACAUUAUCUCCUCUGUUCUCCCCUACGUCCAGUUCUCAGUCAAUGAGCAAUGCGUCGAGUACUCUGAAUGUGAGACAUUUGCGAAGUUCAUCAAGGCCAAGAAGCCUGUUUUCAACAUUGAAUAUCCCAAGGGUGCGCCCAAGGUCAAGGAGUCCGAUCGCAAAGCCAUUUGCUCGAAGAAGGGCAAGGCAAAGGGUACAGAAGGUUUCAGCACUGUUAUCAAGAAGAUGAAUCUUGAUGGUUGGGUCAUGUACUGCACCGGGAAUACCUAUCAGACUGCAGUCGAGAACUGAUACACCUGGGGAAGCCCACAGAGGUUACAUCUCAUCAUAAAUAUCAUGAUAUCACAAUUUAGGUUUACGAUAUAUUUCAAAUCCCUGAUAUGAAAUGAUAAAGGUCCUAUCAAUUGUCGGUCGUUCUUUAUUGUCAUAACCCGUGAGUCGUAAUCCUAAGUACUUGUCGUGUAGACGUUGUUAGCUCCAACCUUUCUCCACCAUAUUUUCACUUCCAAAUUUAUGUACAAGUUUCCAACGGCAUAGCCAUAGAGCAUCUUGUCGCGCUAGCAACUUGAAGUCCGCUAAUAUCCUAAAUAAGGGGUAUCCUGAUAAUUAAAAACCGCCCAGAACUCAAAAUGAUUUUCAACACCGGUGAACAACAAGAAGCUUAUGCUGAAUCGGCGCUUUAUGUAGCUGCCAUAUACUUGGGCCCUCCCUCUUGUUUGAACAGCCAGUCACUGUUGGCGUCGACCAUGAAGUUGGUUAUAUUAAACUCAUUUGACGCCCCCAAGCCCGUUCCGUUCUCAUUGGACGCGCCCAUCUCGGCUCCUGGCGGAGCCGGUGUUCCGUUGGUGCCAGAAAUAUGUUCACCCCCAAAAGGGAGUCGAGGCACGUUGAAAAAGUCGAACACGUCAAGAUACUCAAGCUCGUUGGGAGCGGGUGUCCUCGCGGGUGUGACGCUGGGUAACCUACUCAGAGCACUAGGCUGUCUGGGUUGCCGCGAGAUGAGGAAAUCCAAGUCAAAUGCUGUGCGUCGCAUAUCAGAAAGGAUUUUGACCGAACUGGGCGUAAUCCCGUCACCUUGUCGCUCGCUAUCGUGAUGCUCAUCCAAGACUCUUUGCAGCAACUGGGAAUAACGUGCUGCAACAGGCCAGUAACGACCCAUUUCACGCAGACUAUCGACGAAGAACGGAAGCUGUGGUGAAAGUUUAUGUUCAACUGUUGAGCCAUGAACAAGGAGCAGACGAGCCGAAACCCAGAGAGUAAAAGCAAAUGGUGGACCCAGCUUUGCUAGCAUCCCAUUGUUCACAACAAAUUCUCCAAGGGCAGCCACAUUUUCAACUGCACCAUGACAUCGUUGCGACGCGCUAUAUGAUGGAGUGAAUAUGGGUGACCUCGUUGUAGGAUAGGCAGCUGACGAGUGGAGGCGAAUAACGGCCGUAUGGUAGGUGGCAUGAAGCAUAACCCAAGCGCAGUUGAUGCUUUUACUUCCUGGAUGGAACAGUUUUGCCAUAUUUCCAAAUUCACCAGGAAGACUGAACUUCCAGGAUGUCAGCAUGUUGUCCAGUUCCUUGUACCGCAUCUGCCAUUGUUCUACAUCGCUCAAGGCACUAAUGUCGACUGGCUGUUUAAGAAAUUUGUGUAUCUUGGAUAGAAUACCGAGAAUUUCGAUGUAGUAGGCGAAUGCACCCAGGUUCUCUGGCUGAUCAAUAUCAUGACCGGGUGAACCAGAGUGUAGGUCAGUGCUGAACCAUCGGGUAUCGACCUUUUGGUUCUUGAUCCACAAGUCGUCGCGGCACGGUAAUGUCCUGUCAAUCUCCUUGUCGUCCAGAGCAAAUUCAAAAGCAGUUGCAAGAGUCGCAUAUCUGUCCAGAAGAUAUAUCAUCCAAAAUAGACGCCGUCUCGCCUCUUCUUCGAUAAAAUCCUUGGGUUCCGAGAGUGUCAUGGCUCGAAGUGUAUAUAUUGAAAGGUAAUGAGGCGACACAGUCGAUGAGGUGAUUUCAACAGCGAGACCAAGCUGUACUACAGAACGAGUGAUCAAAGCCAUGAUAUUCCACCCUGGUGGACCGUUACUGCUCCCACAAAGAUCAAGCGCCAGGAUAACGAGAGCUUGCAACGCCUUGACCGAGGAAUUUUCCAUGCCAUAAAGGAGAACGCGUUCUUUGGAAACUCGGUGAUAGUGCUCUCGCCGCUCCUCUGUUAGCCUAGCAUCCGUCGAGUAGCGCAUUGUGGUUGCAACUAUGGCGUGGAGUAGAACUCGAUCUGUUUCAUCAAGGGCAGACGGUCCAAAAAGGCUAUCUAGAGUUGUUUUGCGGUGCAGAAUGGGGCACCAAGUAUUGAUAUGCUUGAAGUAGAGAUCAACAAGUGCAUAGAGAAGGUCGUAAGGCGGCAUGUCUCGAUCUGGGGUCGAUGUGCCUGGAGCCGAUGAUAGUGGGGCCGUGGGUGAAUGAAUGUUGGGUUGCACAGACGUGUAAUAGUCUUGAGUGACAGCGGCAUGUUGCAUGGGUGAUAACUGGGAGGAUGCUGCCACACCUGACAUCGACGCCUGGUUCUGACUCUGGUACCCAUCGUUCAUUCUAGGUGUAUGAGCAACGUUGAAAUCGAGACUCUGUGUGCUCGGGGCAAAGUUGGAGCUGGGUGCCUUCUGACCAAACAUGACAGGAUCGGUUUGGGGUGUUCGAACUGGUUCUGAAGGUCGGAAGAGGUUUGGGUGAGUAUCCCGUGGAGUUCCUUGCUCGCUCGGAAGACUUGGGUUACUAUGCCGAAUACUGGCAGCUAAGACAGGAUUUGUGUUUGAUGCCAAGUUGCCGUGGAGAAUCUCAGCAUGGGAGCGCAAUAUCUCCUCAAGCUUGUCGAGGCGCUGCUCAAGCUCGCGACCAUAGCCUGCUCUUAAACCAGGCUUCUUGCGUUCUUUGUAUUCGCAUAUAGCGCCAUUGCGGCUACACCAGCCGCACGAUGGUUGCCCACGAUCACACUUAACCUGGCAGGUGAGAAGGAUCAGUAUUGAUUGACAUAAGGAAAACACCAAGAGACAAGAUUGUGUCACGGAGGGCAUACCUUUCUUUGCUUACAUAGCUCACAUCUGGGUACAAUACUGUUAGUCUCAGUGUCGGCGACAACCUGUAUAUUUGAGGACAAGGUGGAUUGUAUUUGUAAUGUGGUAUAGUAGUUGAGAUUUUGUGAGGGCGGGGAGCAUGAAGCAUGAGGCGAUGAAGUGGCCUCAGAUGGCGGCAUGGUGUUGAUAAGAGAGUACAAGAAAUGUAGAUAAGACUCCAACAUGAUUAUCAAAUCAUGGACUUAUCAAGAGGACAAAAGGAAACCUUACCAAUACAUGGACUCAACGAGAGUGCAAGGCUAGGUACGAUUCACA